CGUUGUCCCCGCGCUGCCAACCCGGCUGCGAGCGCCAUGGCAGAGGAGGUGAGCAUCCUGAUGAAGGCCACGGUCCUGAUGCGGCAGCCCGGGCGGGUGCAGGAGAUCGUGGGCGCCCUCCGCAGGGGCGGGGGAGACAGCUUACAGGUCAUUUCUGAUUUUGACAUGACCUUGAGCAGGUUUGUGUAUAAUGGAAAGCGAUGCCCUUCUUCUCACAAUAUUCUGGAUACCAGCAAGAUCAUCAGUGAGGAGUGCCGGAAGGAGCUCCAAAUGCUCCUUCACCACUAUUACCCAAUUGAGAUUGACCCACACCGGACCAUCAAAGAGAAGUUACCUCAUAUGGUGGAAUGGUGGACCAAAGCGCACAACCUCCUGUGUCAGCAGCCGAUUCAGAAGCAUCAGAUCGCCCAGGUGGUCAGAGAGUCCAAUGCAAUGCUUCGGGAGGGGUACAAGACGUUCUUCAACACCCUCUACCAAAACAACAUUCCCCUUUUCAUCUUUUCUGCGGGCAUUGGUGAUAUCCUGGAAGAAAUUAUCCAGCAGAUGAAAGUAUUCCACCCUAACAUCCAUAUUGUGUCCAACUACAUGGAUUUUGAUGAAGAUGGUUUCCUACGGGGAUUCAAGGGCCAGCUCAUACACACGUACAACAAGAACAGCUCCGUGUGUCAGAACUCCGAUUACUUCCAGCAGCUUCAGGGCAAAACCAACAUCCUCCUGCUGGGAGACUCCAUGGGGGACCUCACUAUGGCCGAUGGGGUUCCCGGUGUGGAGAACAUUCUCAAGAUUGGCUUCCUAAAUGACAAGGUGGAGGAGCGGCGGGAGCGCUACAUGGACUCGUAUGACAUCGUGCUGGAGAAGGAUGAGACGCUGGACGUGGUCAACGGACUGCUGCAGCACAUCCUGCGCCAGGGGGACUGGAUGGAGAUGCAGGUCUCCUGAGUGCAGGGCGGGCCCAGCCCUGAUGAGGAGGGGCACCCCACUGCCCCACCGGGAGGCCGCUCUGCUGUGAGCAUGCCUCUUCUGUGUGUGUGCGGAGAAAAGUCCAGGGCGGCCACGAGCUGCUGGACCCUUGCUCUCCCUCCUCUCCCCGGCGCCUUCUGUUUGUGUUCUCCAAGGCCUGAGGGAGGACCUGCCCGGCGGGAGGGCAGCCAGAGCUGUUCCGGAUCCUCUCUGGACCUGCAGGGUGUUCGCACUUGAGGAAUCAUUUGGUCCAGGAUUCUUUUUUCCAGAAUUUUUAAACAUGGGAAGCCCUUCUUCAGACAAAUCUAAUGUGCAAAACAGAUCACAAUAAAGAAGGAAAAAGCA